AUGAAGACCAUCUGGAACGGCCACAUCCUUGGGAUGUUAUCUUGUGCUUUCUGUCUGCUGUUGGUAGUUUCCUCUGAAGUUCCCGUCCGAGCAGGACUGAACUCAGCUGUAGCAAAAGUUGUUGUCAACACCACAUCCUGCAGCGUCACCUGUGGGCUGGGCUUCAAACUGGAGGAGAUGUGUGAGAUCACUCCCGCUGGAGAGAGGAGGAAUUGUACCUUGCUCAGGUCUGACUGCCUGACCAGUUGGGUGUGUGGCUUACUCCACUUCACCAUCCCUGUGGGCAAACCCUUCCAGUUCAGCUGCCUGACCUCGGAUGCAGUUGGCUUUGAUAGCCAAGCCUAUAGCUAUACAUGGAGGUUUGCCCAUGGCCUCAUCACCACUAAUGAUGUACUGUUCAACCGUUUCAAAAACCCCAGUUCUGUCAUCAGCUUUUCCCCUAUCAGGGAGUCUGAUGCAGGUACUUACCGAUGCGAUAUGCAGAUGUUGAAGACAUUCAGAAUCAUCAAGAGGAUCUACUUUGGGGUCAGAGUGAUCCCAAAAGACUUAGUGGAUCUGAACUUUCAAAAAUCUUUGACCUGGGAACAGAAAUUAGCAGAAAACAAGGAGGAAGGAAACACAGAAAGCAGCACCCAGGAAGAAGUGGAAGAACAGCAGCACUUUUGGCAAGGAGAGUUGUUUUAUGGAUGCUUGGUAGCAGUUGGAAGUGGAGUGACAGGGGGUGUCUUGGUGAGCAUGGCCCUCCGCUUCUUGUGGAAGAUUUUAAGAAGGAGAGCUGCAAAGAAAUUACCUGAGAUUUAA